AGUGGGAACUCCGGGGAAGUCCUUUUGCUAGACACUGGGUGCUAGGCCCGACGGAAGAAUGAGUCUCGUGUAGGUGACUGAGAUGCUGAGAAGACCAGCGUGGCGGCUGAGGAAGACCCCGCCAGGUGGGCGGUGCGCGGCCUCUUCCGGUUUCUGAGGCGUUCGGGCCUCUUGGCUCCGGUCGGUGCGCGCGCUGCCGCGGCUCCCGGACCCGGAAGGGGCGGCGGCGGCGGCGGCGGCCCAGGAAUAGCUGCAAACUACUUCAUCGUCCACGUGCUGCUCGGGCUUCUGGCUUGGUCCGCAUCUCCGCGCCCGGGCCAUGGCUACCGCCUGCAGCUCGCUCCCAGACCCGCCUCCCAGGACGUACUUCGGACGCCGCCAGGCUCAGACGAGGCGGCAAACAGAGGCUACCAAGAGAAAGCACCAAGUGUCCAGUGAUGCUCCACCAACAAAACGGAGGAAGGAAGCAUCCUCUCUUUCAGCCAAGAAAACCAGUGAUAAAGAAACUCCAAGAACAUUUAAGGGAGGUGCGCACAAAACGUUUCCUCCAAAGAAGUCCUUGAACAGUAUAGGCAAUGGAAGACAAGAGAGGCCAUGCAUCAAGACUUCGUCUCUGUUUAAAAACAAUCCUGAGAUCCCAGAACUCCGCAGAGCUGUAGUGAAGCAGGCUCGAGAGCAAGUGUUCUCUCCAGAAGCUUUCCAGGAGCUGGACCUCCACCCACACCUAAUAUCCACAAUAAAUACAGUCUUAAAAAUGUCAACUAUGACCAGUGUUCAGAAGCAGAGUAUCCCAGUGCUGCUGGAAGGCAGAGAUGCCCUUCUGCGGUCCCAGACGGGCUCAGGUAAAACUCUUGCCUAUUGCAUCCCUGUGGUCCAGUCCCUUCAAGCACUGACAUCAAAAAUACAGCGCAGUGACGGCCCCUAUGCUUUGGUCCUAGUGCCCACCAGAGAGCUGGCUCUGCAAAGCUUUGACACCAUCCAGAAGCUGCUCAAGCCAUUCACCUGGAUUGUUCCUGGAGUGUUGAUGGGCGGAGAGAAGAGGAAAUCAGAAAAGGCUAGACUCCGCAAAGGCAUAAAUAUCCUUAUCUCAACUCCUGGGCGCCUCGUGGAUCAUAUAAAAUCCACGAAGAACAUUCACUUUAGUCGAAUACGGUGGCUGGUUGUGGAUGAAGCAGACAGGAUAUUGGAUUUGGGUUUUGAGAAGGACAUCACAGUGAUUCUGAAUGCUGUAAAUGCUGAGUGUCAGAAACGGCAGAAUGUCUUGCUGUCAGCGACACUCACAGAAGGUGUAACACGGCUAGCUGAUAUCAGUUUGCACAAUCCAGUCAGUAUCUCUGUCUUGGACAAAAUCUGGGACCAGCCCAACCCGAAGGAAGUUGCUAAUACCCAGCUGGACAGCUUUGCCAUACCAGAGAGUCUUGACCAGCAUGUGGUGCUGGUUCCCAGCAAGCUGCGCCUUGUCUUCCUUGCAGCCUUCAUCCUGCAGAAGUGCAAGUUUGAGAAGGACCAGAAGAUGAUUGUCUUUUUCUCAAGUUGUGAGCUGGUGGAGUUCCACUACAGCCUCUUCCUUCACACCCUGUCUUGCCGCUCAGGGGCCCCCACUUCAGAGCAGCUACCAUCUGCUUCCUGGCCACUGAAAUUCCUUCGGCUGCACGGCAACAUGGAACAGGAGGAAAGAACCUCCGUGUUUCACGAGUUCUCACAUUCUGGAACGGGAGUCCUGCUCUGCACGGAUGUUGCAGCUCGAGGCUUAGAUCUCCCACAAGUCACCUGGAUUGUUCAGUACAGUGCUCCAUCUUCACCUGCAGAAUACAUUCACCGGAUUGGAAGAACUGCCCGGAUUGGCUGUCAUGGGAGCAGCUUGCUCAUUUUGGCUCCUUCAGAGGCAGAAUAUGUCAACUCGUUGGCUUCUCACAAAAUCAAUGUUUCUGAGAUUAAGAUGGAAGAUAUUUUGGCUGUCCUGACAAAGGAUGCUUGUUUUAAAAGGAGACAGAGGGGAGCCCAGGAGCGUUUACCUGUCUCGGGCUGCCGUGGCACUGCGAACUCUGCCCCAUUCCGUCUCCAGUUUAAAUUUAGACUGUCCUCCCCACAACCAAAAAUCACCUCAUUCAUUCUCGGGAGGGGCAGUCUGAAAGUAUUUCUGGAAUUGGGGAAAUCCCAUGCCAGUGGCCCCCAGGAAAUCCGAGAACGAGCCACAGUAUUGCAGACAGUAUUUGAAGAUUAUGUGCACUCCAGUGAGAGGAUGGUCUCCUGGGCAAAGAAAGCUCUGCAGUCCUUCAUCCGAGCCUAUGCCACCUACCCUAGGGAGCUGAAGCCUAUCUUCCAUGUCAGGUCGCUACACCUUGGGCAUGUGGCUAAGAGCUUUGGGCUAAGAGAUGCUCCUAGAAACCUCAGUGUCUCCGCUGUGAAGAAGAAGGCAAGCUUGAAAAGGCCUGACCCUCGGAGGAAGAUCCGGAAUAAGCACCACCUUGUGCUCGCUGAAGUCCUGCACUCCGAAUACUCAAGUGGGCUGGAGGCUGGCGGCUCCAAGGGUGGCAAGCAAGGCAAACAGCGGGGCUUUCAGGUGGUACCCAGCAAGGCCAGGCCGCGGAGAGAAUGAAGCUGCUCCUACAUCCAGAAGCUCACCACCAACCAGCCAGCUUCUUUUGGUUUUUAAUCUCUCUACAGGACCAGGUCAGGGUAGAUCGACAGGCCCUGUGGCUUUAGAUUGAUGUCCUGUUCUUAUCAGGGAAACUUCAUGAACACAGACCUGUUGGAGGAGGAGCCCUGAUGGAAACCAGCAGGCAGGAGCCAGUGCUAGACAGUCACCUGCCUUUGCUCUGGCCUCUUGCAAGAUUGUGCACAGGGACAGCAAAACAUCCUGUGUAUCAGCCUGGAAGAGUGUGGCUCCUGGCGAGCUCGCCAGAUGAAGCUGCCACACAUGUAUUGCAUGAGUGUUAUCAGAUGGAAUGUUAAAAACUGGAACUGAACUUGUACAAAAGGAUAAAGUGUUUGUUGAAUAGCUA